CAUGGGCAAGUUGGGUCGAAGGGCCACUUUUCAAACUGUGGCUGACCACUAUCUUUAUUUCACAAAUUUCACCAUGUGUUUUGUAUCCAAAUUCUCUAGUCUUGUGCAGUGUACGUUUACAAGGUUAAUUCCCGGGAUGGCAGGACUGUCAUAUGCUGAGAGAAUGGAGCGGCUGGGCUUGUACACUCUGGCGUUUAGAAGGAUUAGAGGAUAUCUUAUUGAAAGAUAUAAGAUUAUCAAGGGUUUGGACAGGCUAGAAGAGGCAGGAAACAUUUUCCCAAUGUUGGGGGAGUCCAAAACCAGCGGCCACAGUUUAAGAAUAAGGGGUAAGCCAUUUUGAACGGAGACGAGGAAACACUUUUUCUCACACAGAAAGUUGUGAGUGUUUGGAAUUCUCUGCCUCAGAGGCCAGUUCUCUGGAUGCUUUCAAGAGAGAGCUAGACCGGGCUCUUAAAGAUAACAGAGUCAGGGGAUAUGGGGAGAAGGCAGGAAUGGGGUACUGAUUGUGGAUGAUCAACCAUGAUCACAUUGAAUGGCGGUGCUGACUCGAACGGCCAAAUGGCCUACUCCUGCACCUAUUGUCUAUUGUCUAUUGAAACUGAAGAGAAGUUGGGGCAGGCUGGGACCAUAUCCCUUGACUCCACUAGCCCCUAUAGUAUCUAACUCUCUCUUAAAUCCAUCCAGUGAUUUGGCCUCCACUGCCCUCUGUGGCAGGGAAUUCCACUCUAUUCCUUGGAGCACAGGAGGAUGAGGGGUGAUCUUAUAGAGGUGUACAAUAGCACCCGAGGAAUAGAUGGGGUUGAAUGGCCUACUCCUGCUCCUAUAGUCUAUUGUCUAUUGUCUAUUGACAGGGAUUCCAGCGCCUUUCAGCCAAUUGAUGCCAUUGGUCGCUGCUGUUCCAGAAGGUGGGAAUCUUACCUUGACCUGCAGGGUCAAUAACGGGCUGAGGUGCAUAUUCUACACCGACAGAGGUGACCGCUAUAUACCUUUGCCUAUGCCGCAAGGAAAGACAAGGACCAGUCUUUCUCUGAUGCCUGUAACCAGCGACGAUGCAGGAAGAUAUGUCUGCAACUGUUUUGUGGAAUGGAAUGAACACUCUGUCCUCUCAGCUCUUAGUAACGUCAUGACUCUGACUGUGAAUGGAAAUGUCCCAAAACCAAACAUCUCGUUUGAACAUACAACUGGUGUAGGACUGGUGGGCGGAAGUAUUGUCAUCAAAUGUCAAGUCCCAGCUGAGGGAGAGAAAAUAGUGUCAAUUCUUAAAGAUUCUGAGAAGAUUUACAACAUCAACUCUUUGUCUGAAUCUGAAGAAUAUUUCACCUUCCUCCAUCUAACUUCACGAAGCGCAGGACAUUACCAAUGUAUCUACGAAAUCAUUCUUCCCAAUAAAGGAAAAUCACCUCCAAGCGAUAAGAUUCUUCUCACAAUACUUGAUGUCCAUGCAUCCCGGAGUGUCCUGAACUUCUCUGCAUCGGAGCUAACUGUGGGAAGGAGCGUCCGAAUGUCCUGUCACGCAAACUCCACAGCCAAGUGCCUCUUCUUUGAGUACGAAGAUGAGGACCACCUUGGAAGACCCAUGUUGGAAGCCACCAGUAAUAAUGCCGUGGAAAUGGCCAAAGUCAGCCUCUGUGACUCUGGCAAUUAUGUGUGUCUUUGCCUCAUGCAAAUUAAUGGGGUUGAAACAAUCUCAGCGGCAAGUGAAUUCGUGACAUUCAGAGUGAUUGAAGACAGUAAAGGAACUGAAAUAAUUUCUGAAUCAGAUGUCACCCAGGCCCACUGCCCAGCCCACCACAGCCAGGCCCAACAGCCCAGGUCCCAUCCAGUCCACAGCCCAGGCCCAGGCCCAGCCCACAGCCAGGCCCACAGCCCAGGGCCCACUGCUCCCAUCCCCACAGCCCAGGCCCACAGCCCAGGCCCACUGCCCAGGCCCACUGCCCCCGUCCACAGCCCGGGUCCACCGCCCAGGCCCACGGCUCCCAUCCAACAGCCCAGGACCACAGCCCCCGCCCACAGCCCCGACCCAAAGCCCAGGCCCACAGCCCAGGCCCACAGCAGCCCAGGCCCACUGCCAGGCCCAUCCACAGCCCAGGGCCCACAGCCCAGGCCACUGCUCCCACCCACAGCCCAGGCCCCCACUGCCCAGGCCCACUGCUCCCAUCCACAGCCCAGCCCCCAUGCUCUUGUCACUGUGGGAGUUGCUCGCCGGCGUAGGUCCGCCAGUGCUGCCGCACCCCCCGCGAGCUGUCAAACUCCUCACUGCUGGUGUGCACGCACCACACACCGGGCUGAGGAAGGAACGGUCGCCGGGGUGCACCUGCUGAUGGGACAGCAGCCUGGAGGGGCGGGUGAAGCCCUUGCCACACUGGCGCAGGUGUUGGGGCGCUCGCUGGUGUGGGUGCACUGGUGCACCAGCAAGUUUCCAAAGCGGGUGAAACUCUUGUCGUACUGGGCGCAGGUGUAG